UGUGUCUGUGUGUGUCUGUGUGUGUGUGCGCACGACGGCAGUGUGUUUGCCUGGGUCUCGCGCGCACCGCUACGUUACCCUGGUGGGUUUACCGGAGUCGGAAAACAUUCCUCGGCGAACGUGUACUAUUCUGUGGGAUUCUGUGUGAGAAAAUGUUGAGAACAGAUACAUAAACGAUAACAGACGCACCGUUAUAGUUGAGACAGUUUUUGUGUGCAGUCAACAUUUCACUUCUCAAAAAGGCUUUAUCAUCAUCCGUCUCCUGCAUCUGCUCUGCUUGGAUAUUUGGAUAUUUUUUCUUCCCGUGGAUGAUUGGAUUACCUUCCCCAUGAGGUCGCUGGCAGACUAUGCCGGAGCAGCACACUGGUCAAGUGUGUCAUUUGUGGUUUGAAGAAUCUACACAUUUUACUACUACACAGCACCAGGGUUAUUUGCCGGCAUGGUCAGAUAGCCCCGGGCACAACCAUGGUUGCUGCUGGCGGUACGACGACGAGUGGCUUCCGUCUGGCUGCUCACGCGAUGGCUGCGUCAACAAAACAAACGUGUGCGCGCAUCCUGUGCGUGCUGGUGGUGCUGUGUACACUGACCGCUGGUCAGCUGGAGCAGUACGACCUGACACUCACUGUCCGCGAAGACGUGAGCAUCGGCACUGUGGUGGGCGUGGUGGAGGGGGACAAAUACAGCCCGCCCUACUCUCGGCUCAUCAAGAACCCGGCCACAGAUAACAUGACCCUGAGCAGCUUCGACGUCGAUCUGUCCAACGGCCGCAUCACCACCAAAGACACGCUGGACAGGGAGGAGCGGGAGAAACACACCAUCAUCAUCAGCACCUUCUCCCAACCCACGCAGCUGGUCAUCGUGGAGGUCCGACUGCUGGACAUCAACGACAUCACCCCCACCUUCAUCAAUCCCAGCCUGCUGGCCAGUAUCCCGGAGUCGGCCCCCAGGACCCACAAGAUCGCGCUGGGGAGCGUGCGAGACGAAGACCUGGGAGACAACUCCACCCAGACUGUGGAGAUUGUGUCCGGCAAUGAUGGGAAUACGUUUUUCCUGCAGAUCAAGAAUAGCAGUAAUGUGGAUAAAAUUCUGGAUUUAGUUGUGAACACGGAUCACUUAGAUUUUGAGGGGAAGAAAGUGUACAAUUUGGUGAUUCGCGCCACGGAUGGGGGCGGGCGUUCGUCGGACAUGCAGGUCACUAUUCGAAUCCUGGAUACAAAUGAUAACGAGCCGAUUUUCAACAACAGCAAAUAUUCGGCUCGUGUGGCGGAGAACGUGACUGUGGGGACGUCCAUCAUCCAGGUGGAGGCCACGGACAGCGACUCGGAGGAGAACAGCCGGAUCACGUACUCCAUUGACCCCAAGACCGACCCCGAGGAGUAUUUCUCCAUCGACCCCCGGACGGGCUGGGUCAAAGUGAGGAAACCGCUGGACUUUGAGACGAAGCCUCAGUUUGUGCUGACCCUGGAGGCCACGGACAGCGGGAGUCCCCCACUCAGCGGCAGCACGGGUCUGGACAUCAUCGUCGUCAACAUCAACGAGCAGCCCGCCAACAUCUCCAUGACCUUCAAGCCAGACUUCCGCAACGGUCAUGUGUCAGAGGACACACCCGUGGACACGGUGGUCGCCGUGGUAACCAUCGAUGACCCGGACACAGACGUGGUGAGGAACGUGGAGGUGUCACUGUACGGUGGAGAGGGCUACUUCCAGCUGAUCAAGACGAACCGUCUGGAGGGGAACGAGCUGGACCUGGUGGUUCUGGACUCGCUGGACAGGGAGACGGUCCCGGCCUAUGAGAUGACCAUCGUGGUCACUGACGUAGGCACGCCCCCGCUCAGCGCCAACAGAGAGUUUCGGAUCACUGUGGAGGACGUGAACGACAACGACCCGGUGUUCCUGCGCUCCAAAUACUCGGCCGACGUUGAGGAGACGGCAGAGAUCGGCAAGUCUGUCCUCAAAGUGUCCGCCACGGACGAUGACUUCGGGGACAACGCACGGAUUACCUACCGCAUCCAGGACGGAUCGUCGCACAUGGGCUGGUUCACUGUGGAUUCUAGCACCGGGGUGGUCACGACUCGAGCCUCUGUGGAUUGUGAGCUCAGUCCCCAGCUCCUGGUCAUCGUGGCCACCGACGGCGGGAACCCACCCAGAAUGGCCACUGCCCAGGUCUCCAUCAGCAUUCGUGACGUCAACGAUAAGGAGCCGGAGUUUGAAACCAGUUUCUACAGUAUAAAAAUCGCGGAGGAUAGGAGAGUAGGAGAUUGUGUCUUAACUGU